AUGGCGGUGGGUGCUGACAAGACCGAGAACCUGGCCACGGCGGCAGAGGCUGUCCGCAGUGCUGCUGCUGCGGGCGCAGACAUGGUUGUCCUCCCCGAGUGCUUCAACUCGCCCUACGGCACAGGCUUCUUUCCUGACUACGCCGAGAUCCUUGCCCCAGGCGCCCCUGGAGGCACGUACGACGCCCUCGCCGCCAUGGCCGCAGAUUCAAGGGUCACUCUCUUUGCCGGAUCGGUGCCCGAGUCCGCGGCUGUGCAUCCCGAUGCCGAUGACGAUGCCGUCGCCGGCACCGAUGCUGGCGACGCGCGCUUGCUCUACAACACCGCGCUGGUGUUUGGUGCCGAUGGCAGUGAGCUUGCCCGCCAUCGCAAGGUUCAUCUCUUUGACAUCGAUGUGCCUGGGAAGAUCCGUUUCAUUGAGUCGGAGACGCUCUCGCCGGGUGAUACCGUGACGGUCGUGGAGACGCCGCAGUGCAAGGUCGGCCUUGCCAUCUGCUACGAUGUCCGCUUCCCCGAAAUGGCAGCCAUCGCCGCCGACGCCGGUGCAGAGCUCCUUGUCUACCCGGGUGCGUUCAACCUCGUCACUGGCCCGCUUCACUGGGAGUUGCUCCUCCGCUCGCGGGCAGUCGACAACCAGCUCUUUGUAGCAGGCGUCUCGCCGGCCCGCGAUGAGUCGGCCGACUACGUGGCUUGGGGGCACUCGACGCUCGUAGACCCAUGGGGCAAGGUGCUCGGUGCACUCGAGGCUGCGCCAGGGACUAUCGUACUCGAUAUUGACCUCGCUGCCGUUGACGAUGUCCGCGCUUCGAUCCCUAUUCGCACACAGCGCCGUCCCGAGGUGUACGCGGCCGGCCGCGCAGCUAUCGCCUAGACUGGUUGGGGUGGGACUGGAAAAUUAGUGGUGUUACUGCAGAUGAAGUUGAGUCAUGGCGCCUAGGGCAUAGCCGGUCCGUCCGAAGUGAAUGAGAAGCUCCCACUUUCCGAGCCGGACGCUGAGGCAGACUCAAAGUCCGACAGCGUGGCAACUGGUCGAGGUGAGUCGAGCGAGAUGGCCGACGACGAGUCGGCCGCCGACGAUGAUGCGAGCUCUGAAGUCUCGGUGGUCGUCGCAUCGACUCUGUCGCCAGUCACGGGCCGG